AGUGUUUUAUUUUAGUAGUAACGUUAGAUUUAUAAUGGGACAAAAACGUUGAACCCGGAGUGAAGGGAGGCGGGAUUACAAGCCCCUCCCUCUUCCUUCGGGGACGACUCUGUUAGUUCCCAGUGUUUGCGAUGAACGGAGACGGACAGCAACGUAUUCAUUUCCACGUUCAUCAUGAUUCCAACCCAUUUGCCGUCAUGGGCAACACCAAUGAAUUAUUCUGAGUAGUUUGACCGCAAAAUCAACGCAUAAAAAUGAAUUUGCUUGUUUUUCUUGCUUUGAUUAAUUUUCCAUUUAUCCGAGGUGUGAGGGAUAUACCAAGACUCAUCUUGAGACAAGACAGGAUAGAAGGCCGGCUGGAAUAUAACCUUCCUCAGAACCACACAGUCUUCUUCCAACCAGAAGAUGGUGAUGAGCUGUACGUUGGAGGCACAGACUUUGUCUUUCAGAUUGAUGUGGAGUACAGUCGAAUAUUAGAGUUGUUCCCACUCGGCACGACCGCUGGACAGACCUGUGGAGAGGGUCCAUGUAAGAAUGUCAUCACUGUUAUCCAGAAGUUUCAGGACAGUCUGUUUGUCUGUGGGACCAAUGGGAACAAGCCCCAGUGCUGGAAGCUGUAUUCUCAGUUGCCCAAUCACACACUUGAGAUUGUGGAGAGUUACGAAGGCACUGGACUCUCUCCUUACGUUUACUCCCAGAAUGCACUCUCCCUCACUGUAGAGGGGGACCUAUAUGCUGUAGCUCCUUUAUACAGCGAUGGGAGCUCAUUACAGUUCAGAAGGAAAGCUGGCAGCAGAACCAAUGUAUGGAUGUAUGACAAGUGGGUGACCGAGCCCACGUUCAUCUCCGCCUGCUGGGUGAGACGUAGGGAGGAGCCGGACAAGGAGAAGAUAUAUAUAUUCUUCAGGGAGAAGAACUCUGACAGCAGCCCUGAAGCUGAUCCCUGGAUCUCUAGAGUAGCACAAGUCUGCAAGGUGGAUGAAGGCGGUUCUAAGCGGUUCUUGCAGAACAUGUGGACGUCGUUCCUGAAGGCUCGGCUGGUGUGUGGGAUUCCCAACGAGUCGCUCUACUUUAACCGGCUCCAAGAUGUCUACGUGCUCCACGCAGAGGAAUGGAGGGACUCACAAGUCUAUGCUCUGUUCACUAGCAGCUGGAAUGGCACAGCUGUCUGCGUCUACUCCAUGGAAGAGAUCGACAGGAUAUUCCAGACCUCUCCCUUCAGGGGAUACAGUAAGGACAUUCCCAACCCAAGACCUGGAACAUGUGUCUCUGACAGUAAAGACCUGCCGUUGGCUACGGUGAACGUGAUAAAGGAUCACCCAGAGAUGACCGACUGGAUUCAUCCCAUCCAGCCUUACACCCCAUUCUACAUCUCUAACUAUAACUACACCAAGAUCGUUGUGGACCGAGUACAGGCUGCAGACGACACCAUGCACACCGUCCUGCUGCUAGCAACUGACACUGGAAUGAUCCAUAAGAUCUUAAAUGAUCGUUUCAAACCUUUCAUCAUCUCAGAGACUCAUCUCUCCAACCACUCUGAUGUCAUCAGAUCCAUGAAACUGGACUCUAGAAAGAGGAAACUGGUGGUGGGUUUGUCAGAGCAGAUCUCCAUUCUGGACCUCCAGAGGUGUCAGGACUAUAACGGAUCCUGUUAUGUGUGUGUUCUGGCCAGAGACCCGUACUGCGCCUGGACAGAGGCUGGGUGCAAACCCACCGUCCCGGGAGGCAUUCAAAAUAUUGAUGGAGGAGAAACUAAUGUGUGCCUUAAAACAGCAGGAGUUCAAAUAUCAGAAGAACCAAAGAAGCCCACCAGCAACAGGACCAGACGUGACACCCAGCCCUCCUCGUCCCUGAACGCCCUCAGUGCAUCGUUCCACUCUGUGCCCCUGAACGUCCCCUUCUACCUGUCCUGUCCCAUAGACUCCUACCACGCCCACUACAGCUGGGAACACCUGGGCACGACACGCCCCUGUUUGCGACUGCAGGCCAGCUGUCUCCAUCUCAUCCCCUCCAUGCAGACAGAGCACUAUGGGAACUACCAGUGUGUCUCCAAGGAGAGAGACUAUACCAGGGUGGUGAGGGUGGUCCGAGCUACACAGCUGCUGAGUAACCACAACCCAAGCAUAAUCAGCAGGCCUGCUAGACCGGUGGGAACCAUCCGUACUAACAUAGAGGACUCUAAGAACAACGGAGCAACAGCAGCUAUGGCAAUGCAGGCGGGAUGGUUCGUGAGCUUUGCAGCUUUGGACAUUAUCGUGCAACUUCUGCAAUAAAAUCAUGUCCACUAUGGACUUCAUCAUGAUAUGACACUGUACAUCUGCACUCUAUAAUGGAUCCACGGUGCAUUCAGAAACUAUCCAGACUCCUUGACUUUUUCCACAUUUUGUUACGUUACAGCUUUAUUCUAAAAUGGAUUAAAAAAUAUAUAUUAAGAAACUCCUCAAU